UGUUACACGCAGUUGUGGGUCACCUGUGGCCACCUGUGGCCAACUGCGCAAGUGUGGGCCCACUGGGCCCACUGGGCUCCACAACAGCACUGGGCCCCGCAACAGUGCACAGGCCACUUUCUGCACAGGCCACCAUACUCCUGUAUUUAGGAGGGCACUUGCCCGCAUCUCACACUCUUGCAAUACAUCGAUCUUGCACUCCUCCAAAGCUCCGACUUGGUUUGAGUGCUCCGCUGCUUUAGCUGACGAGGCUAAGUAGCACACCACUUUGUUCGUGUAACAAGUGGUGCCCACUACUGGACUUGAACCUGUGGUGAACUAUAAGACUCCUUUGUGAGGGAGCCAGUGUUUAUCAACAGUGUGCCCGAGCAGUACCGCGUCAUAUGGCUUAGGCAACCACAUGCGGGCGUAGGUGCCCCGAGUGCCCUGCCAGGAAGCACUUGUGGUUUUGCUUACUUAGGUGGUCUCCAAGUAUUGCGAAGCCCUUGAGCUCCUGAGGAUGGCAAUUGCGACCUUCAACACCUCGUCGCAACGGCUCGGCUCCCGAAGACCAACCGUCAAUCGCGACCACUUUUUUCCAAAGACCUCGUCGCCCCGGCCCGGCUCCCAUCCUUCCGACCGCUCUAACCUCCGACCGAUCGAUCGCUCCAAUCAAUCGCCCCGACCAGUCGCCCCAAUCAAAGAACUCGACCGGCCAGUCGCCCCGAUCAAGGCACCCGACAGGUGGAUUGAAUAGAUUGAAUGGUUGGAUGGUUGAGGUGCAAGAUACAAUGGACUUGCAAGCUGAGGACAGCUUUUCUGUUUGUUUGUGGGGGGGGCAAUUGUUAUACGCAGUUGUGGGUCACCUGUGGCCACCUGUGGCCAACUGCGCAAGUGUGGGCCCACUGGGCCCACUGGGCUCCACAACAGCACUGGGCCCCGC